GUCAUCGUCCCGAGUGCUUGGCACCAGUGUCCAGUCGGCUUGCACCAUGACACACCACAGCAUGAGAGAGACAGGAACGAAUGACUGCUGUUCAGGACACAUGAUCACAUUUGUGGAAAUUUCAUGAUUUAAAAGUUUGAGUCUGAAUCAAGGAUCAGAAACAUGCACUGACGAAAGUUUUGAGACAAUACACACACCAGACGACUGCAGCAUCUGAGAGACCCUGGAGAUGGAGCUUCUCCCCCUGAGUGUGAUGAGUCCCAGAGCUCCCCUUCGUCUGCAAGCAGAUCCUUUGUGGCUCCAGCGCCAAGCCGUGGAGGAGCAGGUGGAGCUUUGGUGGUUCAACGAGCCGCACGUGUCUCUCUUGUGCUACUGCUUUUCAGUGGCCAUGGUUCUGAGCCUGGGCUCGGCCGGCGUGGGGCUCCUCUCGACCGCCUCCUCCACCGCGGGGCCCUCGGUGCUGUGGCGCUUGGGUGUAGGUUCCACUCUCUGUCUCCUGGCACUGGUGGUCCUCAUGAAGCAGCUGCUCAGCUCUGCAGUGCAAGACAUGGGCUGCAUACGCAGCCGCAGACGCAUCGAGCAGCUGCGCAGUGGAGGAACGGUGGAUCCCGUGCUGUUGCUCUUCACUGGUUUGGCACUGGUGGUGUGUGGGACUAUGCUGCUCAGUCUCACUCAGCUGGACAUGCUGCUCUCUGGUGUGACCCUCCUGGCCAGUGGGGGCGCUGUGGUCCUAGGUGUGAUGGCGUAUGGAGUGAUGGUUUAUGUGCAGGGCAGGAGAAACACGAGAAGGCGAAGACGACGAAGGGUGAGAGUGUAUACAGUGACGGGGCAAAGGAACCGACCAUGGAGGGAUUCAACUUCCAGUCAUUCGAAUUUGUUGUGAAAGAAGAAUC